AUGGCGGACGGACUGGAUGAGUAUGACGCGGACACCAGUCACACGGGCCUGAUGCUGAAAGAGGACAACGCCCCGUCCUUCGAUGACCUCGCCGAGGGGCAGGACAGCAGGCCGCUGUUUAAACAUCAACCUGACUCGCCAAAUGGGGUAACGAGUGCUGUACUCCAUUCGCCACGGGUCGGCUCUUUCGAGGGCGAAAGUGUGGAGGUCGACUAA